AGUGUAGUCUAAAUAUAUUAGAUUUAAACGUCAGUGUCGCUCCUGGCAAACAUUAUAUUACCCCGGGUGUAUAUUAGAGUCUCUAUUGGACGACGAAAAUACGACUGAAGCUCGAGCAAGCUGCCGGGUGACAGCUUGUUUGCAGCCGGGCUGCAGAUGAAAGUUGAUGUAGCGAAUUAGAUGUUCAACGCCACGUUACGCCGAUACAAAAUCUGACUGGGAUGGUAUCAUGGAGAGAGACACUCAUCAAGAAGGAGAGGCACAGGGUGUGAAGAUUUGUCCACCCUGUGAGAUUAAUCCGACUGCUGACACCUUGGCAACUUCUCUCUCACUCUUGGGGAAUCACAUGUUUCCUGAUGCGGUGGAGAGAACCGCCAGUGCAGCUGUUAACAUAGAGGAACCUGCAGAUUCACAACCGUCAGAUGCUACAGCAGAGGAGAAGAGUCUGGAUGCAGAGCCUCUUUCUAACCAGGUAACAAAUCUAGAGACUGAGGAGACAGAGAACUCAGAGUGUCAGAACAAUGUGUCCGCCGAGCCGCCUGACAGACCAGCUGAUGCUGACAAUGACCGGAGCGACUCUGGGGAGUUUGUUGUCACGAUGCUGGCCAAGGCCAAGCUGGAGGAGCAAGGGAUCGGUGUGAAGGGGAGGUCAUCUCCCUUGUUGGAGGCCGGCACCCAGGAAUCUCCUGCUUUUAUGUCUCAUCGUGAUGAGGAUGUGACAGCUGAGAGCUGGCGGCAGCACAGGAAGCAUGUGUUUGUGCUGAGUGAAGCAGGCAAACCCAUCUAUUCCCGAUACGGCAGUGAAGAGGCUCUUUCAUCUACAAUGGGAGUCAUGAUGGCGCUGGUUUCUUUUGUUCAAAGUGGAGAUAAUAUCAUCCGCUCAGUCUAUUCAGAGGAGCACACUGUGGUGUUCCUACAGAAAGGGCCCCUCGUGCUGGUGUGCGUCUCCAGCAGUCGGCAGACGGAGCAGCAGCUGCGUGGAGAGCUCCUCUAUGUGUACUAUCAGAUCAUCAGCAUGCUCACACAGGCCAGCAUAUCCCGCAUCUUUGAACACAAGAAAAACUAUGACCUGAGGAGACUCCUUGCGGGCUCAGAGAAGAUCCUGGACGGUCUUCUCAACCUGGUGGACUCUGACCCCAGCUUCCUGCUGGCAGCAGUGCACUGCUUGCCCUUAGCUUCCUCUCUCAGGGACUCUCUCAGCCAGAUCCUGCAGAAAGCGAUCACCCCCAAUCUGGUUUUCUCCAUCCUCAUCGCCAACAACCAGCUGCUCACCAUCGUCCAAGAAAAGACAGUCAUCGAGGACACCCGGCUGGAGCCCGCUGAUGUCCACCUGCUUCUUAACCUCAUCGGAGCCUCCUCUGCCUUUCAGGCUGGGGAGAUCUGGACUCCCAUCUGCCUCCCUCUCUUUAAUCCUGACUGUUACUUUUAUGCAUACAUUUCUUACCUGGACCCUCCAGAAUGCACUGUGUGCUUGCUGCUGCUCUCAACAGACAAGGAGGCUUUCUACGCUGUAGCUGAAUGCAAGAGGAAGAUCGAGGAGGCCAUGACGGCUCAGAACUCCCUGAGCCUCAUUGCCAAAGUCCAGUCGUACAGCGUGAGCCAAGUGGGCGUCUCAGACCUCAGACACUUCAUGUACAAGCCCUUUGAUGUGCCAGAUAACUACCGCCAGCUCACUCAGUUCACCAGCCCAGAGAUGGAGGCUCCGUACGGCAGUGAAGAGGAGAAAAUGAGACUGCUGGACCUUUAUCGUUAUAUGCACAGCCGCAUCCACAGCACCUCACGACCCCUCAAGCUCAUCUAUCACGUCGCUGAGAGGGAAACUCUUCUAGCCUGGGUCACAAGUAAAUUUGAGCUUUACACCUGCUUCAGUCCUCUGGUGACGAAGGCCUGUGCUAUUACUGCUAUCACUAAGCUUCUAAGGUGGAUCAAAAAGGAGGAGGACCGUCUCUUCAUCAGAUACCCCCCAAAGUAUUCAACCACCCCAAACCCCAGCAAGAGCUCUCGGGGAGGGAAAUCUGACCAGCAAGACUCCACAGAUAACGGCUUCUUAUCUCUCCUAUAGGACUCUCUUAUUGCUCCGUCUCUUUCAACAGUAGUUUCUACACUGGUUUCAAGAUAUUUUUGAACCCUCUUUUGACACUCGUUGGACUUGACAGACUCUGACUACUGGAAUCAAACACUACAAAAAGUUUUACACUAUUUAAGAAAGGAACAAACUCUUUCAAAUUAGUAUUAUUUCUUUACCUUUACAAGAAAGCAUGUCAUUGCAUCACUGCUUUCGAUCAGAAACAGUCAGGGCAAAACAGCAUUAGUAUGUUUUAAAUUAAACUGUGGUAGGAAAAUAAUUGCAAUGAUAUAUAAAUGUUUUUAUAUUGUUUUAUUACUGCAACAAGAGAGGAAAUUUCCUCGCGGACAGUGAAUGUAUCACACAGGUGACAGAUCAUUCAUAUGCUAUAACUUUUCACUGCAGUAAUUUAAAGAGAUUGUUCAGAUUUUUUUUCAAGUGAGGUUGUAUGAGGUACAUACAGUAGUGUUCAAUAUAAUAGCCGUCCAAUGUGACUAACCAGAUUAAUCCAGGUUUUUAGUAUAUUUUUUAUUGCUACAUGGCUAACAGGGUAUCGGUAGGUGCAGCAGAUUCU